CUCACGGGAUGAGGCUGUUUUUUGUCUUCGCGUUCACUGCAGCAGCCUCUGCACUGCGCAGCAGCACCCUUGACACUCAUCGAAGUGAUCCUUCCCCGUCUUUGGCCCUCUAUGCAGCCACACGGUAUCCUGGGCGGCCGGAUGCGGUGUACACCAGAUCCGCUGCCAUCCUGGAGGGCAUUCUCUCUCGCCUGCAGUCCCGCAGGUACCUCUCGUACGCCCAGACAGUGCAAGUGGCCCGUGAGUGCGUGAGGGACAACCCCUGCCUGCGCAUCCUCGGCAACGCCCCUCAUCGAUAUGACAAGACGGCGCAGGCGAGGCGGCUGACGGACCCAGAGAAGCGAGAAGUGGCGGAUCUGCUAAAGCAGAUAUUGAGUCGACUCAUGCAGCACACGUACAUGGAGGAGUUCGCGGCAGAGACUGAUACACCAAAGUAUGUGAGCCGUUUUGUUGCUGUGUUGGUUCGUCUGUGAAUGGGUGUGUCAUGUUGUGUCGCGCGUGUCUGUGCAUUGUGCAUUGCAGGCACACUGUCAAGCAGCUGCGGGAGGUGCUGUCUGUCAUCAUGGCGCCCUGACUGAUUAGAUGGAUGGACGGGGGGCAGGCCGCCUACGGGCAG